AUGAAGCUCACAGUGCUCAAAUCAAACAGCCAACUUCCAACUUUCUUCUUGUCCAUUCCCACAGUCUCUGGCGCUCUAUGCGCAUCUUGCGCUCAACUACGACUACGAUUGCGACGCCUCGACUCACCAACCAAUUCUCCCCGUCAACAGCGAUCCUUUUCUAUCCUCAACCGCCCUCCGCCCAAUUAUCCUGGCCAUGUCCCCUUGACGAGUGUUGAGCGCGUGGGACUAGCCGUGGGCAGUGCCCUCACAUCGUUAAUCAAUCCCUACCGGCAUGAUAUGGUUGCAGCAUGUGGAGAGGCUACAGCACAGCCAUUUUUCAUAUCUUGGUUGCGAAAUCGAAUGCUUACGGAUCCAACCGGCAGACGAAUCCUACGUGACCGCCCUCGGAUCACAUCCCAAACGUUACCCUUGGAGAUGCUACGGCAGUUACCAGAAGAUAGUGUAGGAAGGACAUACGCAGCUUGGCUAGAUCGUGAAGGAGUGACACCAGACACGAGAGAUGCCGUAAGGUACAUUGAUGAUGAAGAGGAAGCCUACGUGAUGCAGAGAUAUCGGGAAUGCCAUGACUUCUACCAUGCUGUCACCGGACUGCCUGUCUGGGUUGAAGGGGAGAUAGGAUUGAAGGCCUUUGAAUUUGCCAACACCGGACUUCCCAUGACCGGACUAAGUCUGGCAGCCAUUAUUCGACUGAAGCCCGCGGAACGCCAAAGGAUGUUUCAAAUUUUCCUUCCAUGGGCUUUUGCCAAUGGAUGGAAAAGCAAGGACCUUAUCAAUGUGUACUGGGAGGAGGAGCUCAAGACUCCGGUUGUUGAGCUGCGACAACGACUUGGGAUUGAGCAACCGCCCGACUUGCGCGCCAUCCGGAGGAAGCUUCGGGACGAACGCAGAGCUGCAAAAGCCGCACGGGAGGCCGCGAAGAGUAAUGCUCAGGCGACGUUUAGUUCGACCGUGUAA